AUGGAUUCAGCAGACAGGAAGACAAAUAGAAGUGAACAAAAAUCAAGGAAAUUUUUAAAAAGUCUCAUACGGAAGCAGCCCCGGGACCUCCUGUUGAUGAUCGGGACGGGAGUGAGCGCUGCAGUCGCCCCUGGAAUCGCAGCCCUUCGCUCCUGGAGGAGCUGCAUUGAAGCAGUUAUUGAAGCGGCUGACCAGCUAGAGGUUCUGCAUCCGGGUGACGUGGCUGAAUUCCGCAAGAAAGUGGUCAAAGACCGAGAUCUACUGGUGGUUGCCCAUGACCUAAUCCGAAAGAUGUCGCCGCGCACAGGAGAUGCCAAGCCCAACUUUUUCCAGGAUUGCCUAAUGGAGGUUUUCGACAAUUUGGAGCAACACAUUCAGAAUCCUGUUGUUUUGCGGUCAAUCCUGCGGUUGAUGGAGAGAGGUACCAUGGUGCUUACCACCAAUUAUGACAACUUACUUGAAAUCUUUGGUCAGCAACAGGGUAAACCAAUGGAAUCUCUCGACUUGAAAGAUAAGGACAAGGUUCUCCAGUGGGCAAAAGGUCACAUCAAGUAUGGUGUCCUUCACAUUCAUGGCUUGUACACCGAUCCCUGUGGAAUGGUAUUGGACCCUUCAGGAUAUAAAGACGUUACGCAAGAUCCUGAAGUGAUGGAGGUUUUACAGAACCUGUACCGUACAAAAUCGUUUUUGUUUCUGGGCUGUGGAGAGACCCUAUGCGAUCAGAUAUUUCAAGCUCUCUUUCUCUACACCGUCAAAAACAAGGUGGAUUUAGAACAUUAUAUGCUGGUGCUCAAAGAAAAUGAAGACCAGUUUUUUAAACUUCAGGCAGAUAUGCUUCUACACGGCAUCAAAGUAGUGUCCUAUGGGGACUGUUUUGAAAGUUUCCCAGAGUACGUUGAAGAUCUCACCACUCAGAUUUGCAAACAGAAGAGUCCAGAUGCUGAACAAGUGGACAGUACAACACUUCUUGGUCAAGUAUAUUUUUAUUUACAUUAAUAAUUUGUAAUAUUGAAUUUGGGUGU